AUGUCAGAAGAAGUUUCUGAGAUCAGGGAGCUGUUUACUGACAAGGAUCUUGACGAGGAUCUGAAUAUUCCAAGCGCUUGCAACAGAGCACUUGCGGGCAGUCUUGGAAGUCUAGUUAUUUCAGUGAAGAGGAUGCAGACGAUUGUCAUUAGGUGUCACAGUCAGUGUUUACUACAAAAGCUUCUCAUUCAACCUACAAGAACUUUGCCUUUCGUCACCACCAAGGCUGCUGGAACCGCCACCGCCGCAGCCGUGGAUUCAGCCAAAAGGAAGAAAUUCCAGGGUGAGCAUGCUCCUAAGAUUGCUUUCAUGUUCCUGACCAAGGGACCUCUUCAUCUUUCCCCCUUGUGGGAGACGUUCUUCCAAGGACACCAAGGGCUCUACACCAUAUAUGUUCAUACUCAUCCUCUGUUCAAUUGGACAGUGCCUGUGGAUUCUGUCUUCUACAGAACAAGAAUUCCAAGCAAGACAGUAAAAUGGGGACAAGCUUCGAUGAUAGAUGCAGAGAGACGCCUCUUAGCCAACGCUCUUCUUGACUUCUACAACGAGAGAUUUGUGUUACUUUCAGAGACCUGCAUUCCUCUAUUCAACUUCACCACAAUAUACAACUUCUUAGUUAACGCGAAUCAGGGCUUUGUAGCCUCGUAUGAUGAUCCAAGAACAACUGGGCGAGGCAGAUACAAUCCCAAGAUGGCACCCACAAUAACAAUUUCUGAUUGGCGUAAAGGGUCCCAGUGGUUCGAGAUGAAUAGAAAAAUGGCCAUUGAGACUGUAUCUGACACCAGCUACUAUCCCAUUUUCAAUGAGCUGUGUCGUCCUCCGUGUUAUUCUGAUGAGCAUUAUAUCCCUACGUUGAUCAGUAAGUGUUGCUCACUUGAGAACUCGAACAGAUCCAUCACUUGGGUCGAUUGGUCCAAGGCUGGGCCACACCCUGGGAGAUUUGGAAGAGCCUCGAUCUCACUUGAGUUCCUGAACGAUAUAAGGUUUAACUGCACUGCUCCUCAUAGACUCAAUUCCAGUAAUGCUUCUUCCACCUCUAUGUGCUUUCUUUUUGGUAGGAAGUUUAUGUCAGAUGCUCUUCGUCCUUUGCUGCAGAUUGCACCUAUUCUUCUAGGCCUCAAUUCUUCACAAUUCUGAACAUGGUUGGUAUGAGUGAUCCAUGUUAUUAAUUGAGUUUGCAGGUUGUACUUGUUGCCCCUGUGCUCUGAGAUUGAUUAAGAUUUAUUUGUAUAU